CGCCGCCCUGAGAGGUCCGGGAGUCCGCACCGGUCCGCCCUGAGUGCGGAGCGGGGCCGCCGAGACCCCCAGACCCAGGCACCCCUCCCCCACCUCCGGCCACCGGUGUCAGGCUCUGACCUCUAGGCGGGAACUCUGACCUCCCUGCCCCCAUCCCCACCCUAGGGACGCCCCUACUCCAGGCUCCUGCAGACUUACUGAGCGUAGCACCCCCAAACUUGACUGUAGGGAAUCAGAAUGUGCCACUCCUCCGGAUAGGCUGCCUCCAAGUUCGAGCUGGUGUGAGCAGACCUCCGAGUGCUCUGGAAGAAGGCUCUUUUUCCAGUAGAAUUUACAUCUGUAAGAGCCACCACCGGGAAGGGUCUUAGAAAGAAUGCUGCCCCCGAUCACUUCCUACCUGAGAGACAGCUGCCCGGUGCGGGCUUUAUUCACUUCCCCGGUCCUUCCCUCCCCCAGAACCCUCAGCACGGUUCCCUUCUAUAUAUAAGCUUUUGUCAUCCGACUCUCCGAGUCCCAUAUUUUGUCGGACUCCCGUAGGAAUGGAGGUCAUUAGUUUCAAUUCUCUCUUCAGCUGUUUUGUCAUUUACGUUGAAAGAACCUAGAGGGGUGGAGUACAUUGAAAGAACCUAGAGGGGUGGAGGGAAGCCACCUCUCUGUAAGGCAUUUCGGGGUGUUAACCCGGUCUCUGGCACGGAGCUCCUGCGUUGAUGACUGUCGGGUGACUUGGGGUGCACUACUUCCCAACUGGGAAUCCGACAAGGUCUGUGCCCCAUGGCUCCGCUGUUCACAGUGGGGCACCGCGAUGGGCAGAGAAGGAGCCUGGCAGGGGGAAGACUCUAGGACAGUUGACAGCUGCCAAUCUGUGACUUCCUGCUGGAAAAGACUUCCAGUCGCUCUCCAAGGAAAAUGUCUUUGAGAAUAACCGUUUGGCGUUUGAAGUGGCGGAAAAAGAGCUGGGGAUCCCUGCUCUCCUGGACCCCAAUGACAUGGUCUCCAUGAGUGUCCCCGACUGUCUUAGCAUCAUGACCUACGUGUCCCAGUACUACAACCACUUCACCAGUUCUGGUCAAGCUGCUGUCUCACCACCCACCUCAGCAAAGGACCCAGCAACCCCCUCCCCCACAUCUGCAUCACCUGCUGUGCAACCAGGAGAGGAGGCUCAGGAUGACGAGCUCUCCUCAGACAGGCUGGCGGAGCAGGGUAGACAGCAGCCCCCGAGCAGUGUGUGCGCAGCCUGUGGGCAGCGGGUGCACCUGGUGCAGCGGUACUUGGCUGAGGGCAGGCUCUACCACCGGCACUGCUUCCGAUGUCGGUACUGCUCCAGCACACUUCUCCCUGGCUCUUACAGCAGUGGGCUGGAGGAAGGCACCUUUGUGUGUGCAGAACGCUGCGCGAGGCUCGGUCCAGGAGGCGGGGCAGGCACUAGGCCCCUCUCACAGCGAAGACAGCAGCAGGUAGCAGAAGCAGCCAAGGAUGGAGAGGACAGUGACCCUAGCCCAAGUGUGGCUGGGGUGGCCGAGGCAGAUGGCCUCCAGGCCAGCUCCGAGGUACAGCCCCAGAUCCUGAACAAGCCACCUCUUCCCAGCAAGCCCCAGGAGGUGGCCAGUCCCCCUGUUGGCCGGCCCACACCUGCCCCCAGGAAGGCUUCUGAGAACUCAGCCUUGACGCCCCCAACACCACGGCCACGGUCUAGCCUGCAGCAGGAUGGCUUGGUGGAUCAGGGUGUCAGCAGUGGCCUUGUGAAUGGAAGGCUGCAGGGACCUCCUAUUCCCAGGCCAAGAGGGACACCCAAGCUGUCAGAGAGGAUGCCAGCACCAAGGAAAGACCCCCCAUGGAUCACACUGGUGCAGACAGAGCCAAAGAAGAAGCCAGCCCCACUGCCCCCCAGCAGCAGUCCUGGGCCACCAAGCAGACAGGUGGAGAACGGAGGCCUGGAAGAAAGGACCCAGAAGAGCCCAGUAGCCGAGCCAGAGCCCAAGCCCUACAACCCCUUUGAGGAGGAGGAAGAGUCAGCCCCAGCAGUACCAGGCCCUGCUCCAGCCCCACCAGAGUCUACACCCAAGGCCUUGCACCCCUGGUACGGCAUCACCCCCACCAGCAGCCCCAAGACAAAGAAGCGCCCUGCCCCGAGAGCACCCAGUGCCUCCCCACUUGUUCUCCAUGCUUCCCGCCUGUCACACUCGGAGCCUCCUUCAGCCACACCAUCGCCAGCCCUUAGUGUGGAGAGCCUGUCCUCUGAGAGCUCCAGCCACACUGCCAAUGCAGAGCCCUUGGAACCGCCUGCUGUACCCAAGAGCUCCUCAGACCCUACCGUGCACAUGCCUGGUACCCUUGGCACAUCUGGGAACUCUGUCACUCCCUUGGCCGACUCUUCCCUUUCGCCUUCUGGGGAGCUGGGACAGCCUAGUGGCGAACAAACGCCACAGACCAGGACCAGGUGCAACCCAAGUACCCAGACCACCAAGCCCUGCAGUGGUGCUACCCCCACCCCUUUCCUGUUGGCUGGAGACGGGAGCCCUGCCCCGUCCCCGGGGAGCUCAUCCCCACAGCUGCAGAUCAAGUCUUCCUGCAAGGAGAACCCUUUCAACCGGAAGCCGUCUCCCUCUGCAUCUCCAACCGUAAGGAAGGCCACCAAAGGAGCCAAGCCCGUGAGACCACCUGCCCCCGGACAUGGCUUUCCACUCAUCAAACGCAAGGUCCAGGCUGACCAGCAUAUCCCUGAGGAGGACAUUUACGGUGAGAUGGACACUAUUGAGCGCCAGCUGGAUGCCCUGGAACACCGUGGCGUUCUGCUGGAGGAGAAGCUGCGUGGCGGAGCAAAUGAGGGCAGCGAGGACAACAUGCUGGUGGACUGGUUCAAGCUCAUCCACGAGAAACACCUACUAGUGCGGCGAGAGUCAGAGCUCAUCUAUGUUGUUAAGCAGCAGAACCUGGAGCAGCGCCAGGCUGAUGUGGAGUUUGAGCUUCGGUGUCUUCUCAACAAGCCAGAAAAGGACUGGACAGAGGAGGAUCGGGCCAGAGAGAAGGUGCUGCUGCAGGAAUUCAUGACCCUCGUCGACCAGCGCAAUGCCAUUGUCAACUGUCUGGAUGAAGACCGGCAGAGGGAAGAGGAGGAGGACAAGAUGUUGGAAGCUAUGAUCAGGAAGAAAGAGUUCCAAAGAGAGGCUGAGUCUGAGGGUAAGAAGAAAGGCAGGCUCAAGACCAUGAAGAUGCUGAAGCUGCUGGGCAACAAGCGUGACACCAAAAGCAAGGCCCCUGGGGACAAGAGCUGACAGCAAGGGAAGCAGACUUCUCCUCUUCUGGAGCCUCACGAGGGAAACAGACUUCUCCUCUUCUGGAGCCUCAUGAGGGAAGCAGACUUCCUCUCCUCUUCUGGAGCCUCACGGCCAGAGCAGCACUCUGCUGCUCAGACCUGCUAAGGGGGUGAUGACCUUGGGAGGGAGUCCCUGGGUGAGCUUCACCCUCCUUGGGGGGGCUCUCCAGCUGCUCUGGGCUAAAGUUUUCUUCCCUCUUCCCUAUGUCCCAGAUGCUGUGACAGGCCCAGGGGCAAGCAGGGGUGCAGGGUCUUGGCAGAGGCAGAGACGAGAUGGAGUCUUCACUGUCAGUCCUGCCCAAGGCAGGCCCUGGCCUAGGAUUUGUGCACCUUGCAGCAGACCAGCAGCAAGGCUGGCUGCCCAGCUUCUUCCUUCUCAACCCUGAACUCUAGUCCCUGCCUUCCUAUCUAACACAGGUGCCCUUGAAAGUCGUGUCCCCUUACUCAGAGCUCUAUGAAUCUCAGACUCUGGUCCCUCA